CACCAGAUCGACGAGCUAGCUUUGGGUUUGGAAUUGAGUGGUCAAAGGUUCUUAUGGGUUUUGAGAGCACCAAGUAAUUUACCUAAUGCGGCUUACCUUGAGGCUGCAGAGGAGGACCCUUUGCAAUUCUUACCAAAAGGGUUUUUGGAAAGGACAAAGGAAAAUGGUUUGGUUGUGGCUUCAUGGGCACCUCAGGUUCAGAUCCUUGGUCACUGUUCAGUUGGUGGGUUCCUGAGCCACUGUGGUUGGAACUCGACUUUGGAGAGUGUGCAAGAGGGAGUGCCUCUGAUAACAUGGCCACUCUUUGCAGAGCAGAGGAUGAAUGCAGUGAUGUUAGCGGAAGGAUUGAAAGUGGCAUUGAAGCCAAGAUUUAACGAGGAUGGCAUAGUGGAAAAGGAGGAAAUUACAAAGGUGAUAAAGUGUUUGAUGAAAGGAGAAAUAGGCAAAGGAAUGCGUGAAAAAAUGAGGACUUUGAAAGAUUUUGCUGCUCAUGCACUCAAAGAUGGUUCUUCAAAACAAACCUUGUUACAGUUGGCCAGUGAAUGGGAAAAUUUGAGUGGUAAUUAGGAAACUCUAGUUCUUUUUUUUCUUCUUAAAUUGUUCUCUAAAUGUAUGGUCUUCAUAAUUUGUUUCAUUUCUGCAUUAAGUGAUUGAGUGGUUAUUGGUGGUUGAGUUGUUUAGAAGAUGAAAAGUUGAAUUUCGAGUUUGAUCAUAGAAAAGUAGACGUUAUUU